AAAAUAAACUUUCAUUAAAACCUUUAACCUUAUAUUUAUUAAGAAUUACAACGAACAAUCCUGAUGAUGGUAAAUCUACUUCUGUUUCUGUCGCUAAUAUACCACCUGUAUUUUCUCAGCUAGAAACUGAUUCACGCCAAUUACAAAAUAAAUUACAUUCAGAUAAUGAUAGUAUACGAGCUGAAAUAAAAAGCAUGAUAAAAUCAGAAUUAGCUUUAGUACCAACCCCUCCUCAGUCUACACAAUCAACUUCUCAAAGACAUGAAGGGCAAUUAUUACGGCCCAGUCAAAUGGAACCAGGUAAAAUAUAUCGGGAUCCACAUUUACGCUUGAAUGAUCAAGAAUGGCUUCGAAUGGAUGAUGCAACAGAUCGUCUUAGUGCUUUAGCAGGUCCAUCUUAUCUACAAACUUUCAUGGAUACAAUUAGUAAAGAAGUAAUGGAUAGAAUCACGCCUUUCUUACCAAAUAAGAAAAAUAACACUCCUAAUAAUGAUGAUAUGGAUGAAAUUACUAAGGGUAUGUCAGAAUUAUCAAUAAAUAAGGCUAUAGCCAAAGGUAUAUCACAGGGAAUAAAAGCGGUACAUGAUAAUAAUGUAUCAUCUCGGCAUAGAUGUUCGAAUUGUUAUAGUCUUGGACAUAAUUCUCGCAAGUGUCCAUAUCCUCGAAAAAGGAACAGAAAAAAUAGAAAGAGUAGAUCAAAAAAGAGAGGCAGUGUUAAUAAGGUUGCUGUAGAUUCGGAUGAUAAGCCUUUGGUACUCGAUCAAAUUUCUCAAGAGGCGGAUAGUAAUGAGAAUGAGAAUAUACCAAUUGAAAAGUGGUGUGCUCCUGCAGGUUUUAGCCUAGAUUUUGAUGAUCCGUCAUUAAAAAAAACACGUGAUUAA